AUGUCGUACCAAGCACACAUUGUGGCGGCGCCAAACGAAUACCGGCUACCCUGGCCCGGAGUAAAAUCGAUCUCGUGCGUUAAAUUUGGCUGCGAGGGAGCACGAGACUUGGUGGGCGUGACCGGCUGGGACGGGUCCGUCUUCCUCUACAAUGUCCAAGACCCGAACGACGUCCGACAAGCCGGCUUCUACUUUCACGGCAAGCCCGUGCUCUGCUGCAGUUUUGCGGGAAGUGCCCGUAUGGUCAGCGGCGGCGCCGACAACGUCGUCAAGGUGCUCGACAUUGCCACCGCGAAAACCGAAAACCUGGGCAAGCACGACAUGCCGGUGCGUUGUGUCGGCUACAUGGACGUGACGCAGCUGGUCGCGUCGGGCAGUUGGGACAAGAGCGUUAAGCUCUGGGACCAUCGCGCGCGCGGCUCGGCGGUCAGCUCGGACGUGCUCUCCGACCGCGUCUACGCCAUGGACACGAAGGGCCACGAGAUCGUCGUCGGCACGCGGGACCGGAAGAUCUACCUCUACGACAUCAGGAACAUGCAGAACCCGGUCAUCCGCGAGAGUCCACUACGGUGGCAAACCCGGACCGUCAAGUACUUCCCGGAAGAGUCGGCAUUCGUCGUCGCGUCGAUCGAGGGCCGCGUCGCCGUCGAGUACAUCAGCUCCGAGCCCGAGGUCCUCAAGAAGAAAUACGCCUUCAAGUGCCAUCGGGCAAAGGACACUGACGGUGUCGAGCUUGUGUACCCGGUGAACGCGCUCGCCUUCCACCCCAAAUACUCGUCGUUGGCCACCGGCGGCACGGACAAGCAGGUCAACAUCUGGGACCCGUUCAACCGGAAGCGCCUCGUCCAGUUGUACAAAUUUGAUGCCUCGGUCGUCUCGCUCGAUUUCAACCAUGACGGCUCGCAAAUCGCCAUCGCCAGCUCGUACGCCUAUGAGGAUGAAGAGAUCCCCGCCACACUCCCGCCCUCGACCGUCACCAUCCGCACGCUCAACGACAGCGACGUCAAAAUUAAGGGA